AACCAUUGGACCAAUAAUGCUGCAGCUACAAAGGCAACCGUUUUAAUGUGCCAGAGCUGUAUUUUCCUGACGAAUGUAAACAAACCACGAAACCUCCAAAUCAGCACACAGUUAUAAUGGAAAGUAGGGACCGCACAAAUGGCUGUUAGGGAUGAUGGGGACACUGCUGAGGGUCAGCAGUUACCUACAGACCAGCCCCAGUCUGCUCCCCUCCCUGAUCUUGUGCUCUCCUUUCAAGGGGGGCUCCAGCAUCAGACACCAACUGAUGAAAAUGGAAAUCCUACGGUGGAAAUCCUGAAUGACAGUGUAGACACAUGCCAACAGUCUACUGAGAGCUCUGUGGCAGACCAGACAAGAGGAGAGCCACAUGCUGGCUGUGUGGAGCUCAGUCGAAACCAAUCUGAGGAGCAGUCGAAUGAUAAAGAUGAUGACUGGGUACUUGUUGGCCUGGAUCUGGGGGACAGCAGCCAACAGAUAACCUUCCCUCCUGCUGAAAGCCCUGGCACGAGUGGAGUGGAGGCCCCUGUGUGUGAGUCCGUGAGUAACCUGUCCCCUGAGGAUGGCCAGGGGGCGCAGAUGGAUCCAGCCAUCAGCUCUGACUCCUCCAGCUCCCUCCUCCUCUUCUGCUCCUCAGAUAAGCGCAAGUCAGUGCAGUUUGCCAGCACCUCCCUGCACGACAGCGUCAAGACCACAGCCAGCACUCGGACACCCACCCCCUUCGCUUCCCCAUGCAGUUCGUUCACGUCUCUGGAGGAGGACAUGGGCGAAUCCUCUAAACUGCUAUAUGAAGCUCUGCCUGAUGAUCCUGCUCUGCCCAGCACCAGCAGAGGCACAGAGGCACCAAGCGCAGACCUCCAUCCAGGUGCCAACAAUGAUGAUGGUGACAAUGGAGAUGACAAUGAUGGCAAUGACGAUGGAGACAAAGAUGCCGCUACCAUUAAUGAGCUAGACUCCACCGCGUCUGCUUCUGCUGCUGCUGCUGCUGCCUCGACCCAGAAAAGGUUUCCAUUCAUGGAUCGCUUCUCCAGGAAGGCUUCUCCGCUGGUGCUCCUGCCGCACGGGUGUCCAAAGCUGAGCCUGCCUCAAAGGCCUGCAGCGGUGGGCCGUUCCAUUGACGUGAUGUGCAACGUGCUGAGAGACCUGUUUGGAAGCGGCUUCUGCUCCGGGUCCAGGUCUGGCUCCUGCUCCUGCUCCGACCAGGUGGCUGUGACAGUCGUGCCCAGCAGCUCUGUGGUGACACGGCCCGAGAAAGCCCGGCAGAGCCCCGAGCAAAUGCAACUGCCACUGUGAUGGUGUGUGGUCUGUGAAAUUAAAAAGAAUGAAUACAAAUAG